AUGACGUCUUCGGCGCAACCUGUUAUCACUGUUCAACUAAGGAAACCUCUGACUGUCCAAACAUAUCUCCCAAGAGUUGUAGUGACCACUCUAAUUGCUAAGAAGCCUGAGUAUGACACCAAAGCAGUCCCUUGGGACUAUCGAGCAAGUGCCAAGGGCAAGAUGAUCGACACUGUCGUGGCUCAAGGGAUGACUAGGUCGGGGAGGUGUUUUGCCCCAGAGGACCUAAAUCAAAGAGUUCUUGGAAAAGAACAGAAUCCAAAGAAGAAUAUUACCGAUGCUGAAGCCGCAGAGUUUUGGAAGAAGAUGCAGUCUAAAGACUAUUCGGUUGAAGAACAAUUGAAGAAGACGCCAUCCCACAUAUCCAUUUGGUCUUUGCUUAUGAGUUCUGAAGCUCAUAGGAAUGCUUUGAUGGAGAUGUUAAGCGGAGUGAUAAUUUCAAAAGAGACCACAAGUGAGACCUUAGCUGCAACGAUUGGAAGAAUAGUGGAAGCUAACAAGAUUUCUUUCCAUGAUGAUGAAUUGCCCGCAGAAGGGGCUGGGCACAACAAAGCGCUUCACAUCGCAGUCAAAUGUUGUGAUAAGAUUGUGACUCGAGUUUUAAUUGAUGGUGGCUCUGGAUGCAACAUUUGUCCUUUCACCACUCUGAGGAAUUUAGGUGUUAAUAUGGGAGAUAUAAAAGAAAGUCGUGUGAAAGUUAGAGCCUUUGAUGGGGCGCAAAGAAGUGUCAUCGGAGAGAUCUAUCUCACAUUACAGGUGGGGCCGGGUGAAUUCCCUAUUCUAUUUCAAGUGAUGGAUGUAUCAUCCAACUACAACCUGUUGUUGGGAAGACCAUGGGUUCACAUGGUAAGAGCGGUUCCUUCCACUCUUCAUCAAUGUGUAAAGUUUGAGUGGGGUCACACAGAAGUUACCAUCCACGGAGAACUCAGUCACCCCAUUCAUUCUGUUAAUUCUAUCCCAAUCACCGAUGAAUUAGACGGAGCCACCUUUCACACCUUGGAAAUCAUGCAAGCUAUAAGGGUCAAUGAGGGAGCAGAGCCUGAAGAAACCAAGUUGUCAAGUGCAGCGAAAAUGCUGAAGCAUCAGAGAGGCACCAACGGACUAGGAUAUGAGCCUUCCUCGGGAAUAGAUUGUCAUGGGUCAAGCGAUACAAUCUUUGUACCAGAACAAUCUUUUAUUCCAGAUCAAGCUGGCGUUGAUGACAUCACAGAAGGAUUAGGCAAUCUGUUCGUGGCCAUGGUAGAAGAAGAGGAAGGGAUAAAUCUCAACAAGUUGACCAUUCGUGAUGCCAAACCUGGAGAAAUCUUGCAGAAUUGGACCACUAGCCCGUCCCUGUUUCAACCAAAGUCUUGGUAG